AUGAAGAAUCCUAAUUCGACCAUGGAUCCAAAUAAUACAUCCAAGCCUCAAGCGUCAAGUCUGACGGCUGAACCUCGAAAGAACCCCACCAAAACCGUCCGGGUUGCCUUUGGCCCCGACCUGGAAACUUAUAUCCCUCCGCGCGACAAGUCCCCCGCACCGACUCCCGGACACCACCGGUCGUUCACUACCGUCGAACGAACACAACCUCCCGUCACGACCCCAGAGAGACCGACCAGCUCAGCUGGGGAGAAUCCAACUGUCGCAGAAUCUCGAGUCACUUCGGAUAGAGCGUCGGACAGUGCUCGGCCCACUGCCGCCUUGAAACGGGCCAAGAGCGACUAUGGACCAAGAGUGGGAUUCGACAAGUCGGCUGCUGGCGAAGAAGAUGAGGAUAUCGCAAUGAGACAUGGAUGGCAAGAGGAGUAUACCUCGAGCGAAUACCUGAAGAUCCUACAUUCGAAUUUCUAUAUGUAUUUCACCGAGAAACGACAUGAAACCAACGGUAUCCCCCGAGAUCCUAUUGGAAGCUGGCCAAGUCAAGACUGGCGGAUGAGGGACCGGUUGAAAACGGUCUCGGCAGCCCUUGCGAUCUGCUUGAACAUCGGCGUUGACCCCCCGGAUGUCGUCAAGACAAACCCCACUGCGAAGCUCGAAUGUUGGGUUGACCCCACGUCAACCACUGGUGGCGGACAGACCAAGAUAAUGGAGCAGAUCGGGAAGAAACUACAAGAGCAGUACGAGACCCUUAGCUUAAGGACGAGGUACAAGCAAUAUCUGGAUCCGUCGGUGGACGAAACGAAGAAGUUCUGCAUAUCCCUGCGACGUAACGCCAAAGACGAAAGAGUGCUCUUCCAUUACAACGGUCACGGUGUCCCUCUCCCGACUCAGUCUGGUGAAAUCUGGGUGUUCAACAAGAAUUACACCCAGUAUAUUCCCGUGUCGCUUUAUGACCUUCAGUCCUGGCUCGCCGGGCCGAGUCUUUUCGUCUUCGAUGUUUCCAAUGCAGGGAACAUCGUCCAAAACUUCCACACCUUUGUUGAGAAGCACGAGAAAGAGAACAUGGAAGCUCAAAAACGAGACCCCAAUGCUAUUGUCCAAAAUUAUGGCGAUUGUAUAAUACUCGCAGCUUGCCAGAAGACUGAGGCGCUUCCGACCAACCCUGACCUCCCUGCGGAUCUCUUCACCUGCUGUCUGACUACUCCGAUCGAGAUUGCGCUCCGCUUUUUCAUCCUCCAGAACCCUCUUCAAAGCACAGUGUCCAUCGAUGAUUUCCGGGUUCCAGGACGCUUACAGGACCGCCGAAGCCCGCUCGGAGAGCUGAACUGGAUCUUCACUGCCAUCACAGAUACAAUCGCAUGGAAUACUCUACCGCGGGCAUUAUUCAAGAAACUUUUCCGCCAGGAUCUGAUGGUUGCGGCUCUAUUCAGAAAUUUCUUGCUCAGCGAACGGAUAAUGCGCACAUAUAAGUGCCACCCGAUCUCGUCCCCGGCGUUACCAGAAACGCAUCAUCAUCCGUUGUGGAAAAGCUGGGAUUUGGCUGUCGAGAUGGUCCUCGCCCAACUCCCUGCGCUUAUCGACCAUGAGGAGGGUCGCAGGCAAUAUGAGUACCAACACUCCACAUUUUUCGCCGAACAACUCACGGCGUUCGAAGUCUACCUCUCGUCCGGUCCCACGGAAAAGAACCCCCCCGAUCAACUACCAAUUGUUCUCCAGGUUCUUCUAAGCCAAGCCCAUCGAUUGCGAGCUCUGAUUUUGCUCAGUAAAUUCCUGGACCUAGGACCUUGGGCUGUGCACUUAGCUCUCAGCAUUGGAAUCUUUCCUUAUGUUGUCAAACUUCUUCAGUCUGCAGCCCAGGAAUUGAAGCCUGUGAUGGUAUUCAUUUGGGCACGGAUUAUGGCCGUUGAUCAUACUGUUCAGAACGACCUUUUGAAAGACAACGGCAUUCACUACUUCAUUUCGAUCCUCAAUCCUUCUUCGCCAAUUCCAGUGGGCAAUGCUAGUGAACAUCGGGCUAUGUGUGCCUUCAUUGUCUCGAUUUUCUGCAAGAACUACCCCCAAGGUCAAAAUGUGUGCCUCUCUGGGGAGCUUGUCGAGUCAUGCCUGGUGCAUUUAACGGACGUUGAGAAUCCCUUGUUACGUCAGUGGUCGUGUCUCUGUAUCAGCAUGCUUUGGCGCGAUUUCCCCGAAGCAAAAUGGAUGGCAAUUCGUUGCGCUGCACCUGCACGCCUCUGCGAGCUCAACUUUGAUCCUGUUCCAGAAGUUCGAGCUGCAAUGCUGCAUGCAGUGACCACAUUCCUGGGGAUCCCUGAUUUGACGGAUCAGGUGGCCCAAAUCGAAGAGUCGUUGGCCAUGGCUGUGCUGCCGAUGUCUGCAGAUGGCAGUGUACUUGUGAGAAAGGAGCUGUUGGUCUUCUUCUCGGUUUUCGUGAAGCGCUACCAGAAUAAAUUCCUUGUUGCGGCGUUCGAUGAGUUCCAGGAGGAGAAGCGAAACCUCCUUGUCAGGGCGGAGCAAGGAGGUUCUCGAGGCCUCACACUGGAAGAUAUGCCAAAUGGCUCGGCUAAUGGCCACCAGAAGCCACGGGCGUUGUCCCGCAACACUACUUUUGGUGCUAUUUGGAAGCAGCUACUCAUUUUCUCUGUUGAUCCCCACCCUGAUAUUGCCCAGGAUGCCUGCACGAUUGUCGACUACAUCCAUCUGGCCCUGCUGCAAUCCCCUAUGGCCUCGCUGACUGAAAAGAUUCGAAGUGAAAUCAUAGAGCUCACAAAUCGGGUAUCACCCAAGCUGCAGGUCCGAGAAAGACCGGAAUCUCGAAAGACUACAGCACCUCCUACGCCUCCAUCACUUCCUCCUCCCAAACAGGAAGGCUACCUGUCUUUAAGCCUGAAACGAACCGCAAGCGUUGCUGCCUCCCUCAAGAACCUUGCUUUUGGCGGCCCGUCUCCUGCAGAGUCACAGCAACCCUCACCACCGGCGACAUCGCCGAAACAGCGCGUGCCCAUGACCCCACGAGGCCGAGCCCCCCCCGAAUGGACCCGUCCCCCGGAAGUCAACGACCAGGUCGCACCGGCGACAGCGUACCAUCAGGCCCCAACACCCACAUCCCGUGGGUUCGUGCCUAGGGACCCAUCCACACCCCCGUCCCUUCCCCUGACCAGUCGGUUCCUCGAUUGGUCCACAGAGGUAAUCCCAGAAUUUCUCCAUCUGAUCUGCCAGGAGUUCAACGACAAGUAUGGACGUUUUCUUACGCAUCUUCAGUAUUUCCGUGAACCCCAGAUGAAGCCCAAUGAGCCCGACGAACCCGGUAGCGCCGACUAUAACGAGCGCCUUUGGAGACGAAGCCGUAACGAAAAGAUCAUUGCUGAGACCCAACCCCUGAAGGGGAAAGCCGGAAGCAACCGAUGGGAUCAUUCCAUGACGCUCCUUUCUAACAAUAGUCAACCACUGAGGAUGUGUUUCCACCAGUUCGAGGAUCACAUUGCUGUGGCUGAUGAUAAGGACACCAUUGCGAUCUGGGACUGGCAAAGCCACAAGUGCCUCAAUCGCUUUUCGAACCGGAACCCCCCGGGUUCUAAGAUAAAUGAAGUCCGGUACAUUAAUGAAGACGAUCAAGCGCUUUUGAUGACAGGUUCUUCCGACGGCAUCCUGAAGGUGUUCCGGAACUACGAGUCUGCAAAGGAUGUCGAAAUUGUGACCGCCUUCAGGGCUCUCCCAGAGCUCAUUCCCAGCAAUCGGAAUGCCGGUCUCAUCCUUGACUGGCAACAGGGCCAAGGCAAGGCGCUUGUUGCAGGCGAUGUGAAGGUUAUCCGUGUGUGGAACGCCGCCACAGAGGUCUGCACGAAUGAUAUCCCCGCUCGGUCAGGUUCGUGUAUCACAUCUUUGACCUCUGACCAAGUGGCUGGAAACAUCUUCGUUGCUGGAUUUGGGGACGGAGCUGUCCGUGUGUUCGAUCAGCGUCUCAAGCCCACCACAGCCAUGGUCAAAGUUUGGCGCGAGCAUAAGCAGUGGAUCACCAACGUCCACAUGCAGCGAGGAGGGUUGAGGGAGCUGGUGUCUGGAAGUCGAAACGGGGAGAUCAAACUAUGGGAUCUCCGAUUGUCCGAUCCAAUUUCGACUAUCUACGCCACCAAAGACACCCUCCGCACCCUGAGCGUGCAUGAACAUGCCCCUGUCUUCAUGGUUGGCACCAACCGGCAUGAAGUCAAGACCUUCAAUGUGGACGGGACCUACCUGUCGACAUUUGAGCCGUACUCGAGCUUCUUGCACCAUAACCGGUCUUCGCCCAUCGCGAGCACCGCUUUCCACCCGCACCGCACACUAUUUGCCUGCGCAGCUCUUAACGAUAAUCACAUCAACCUAGUGUCUUGCUAA